GCGGGGGUCUGGAGAGUGGGAGGAGGGAGAACUACCAAAGAAAGGACAGAAUGAGACUGGAGGGGCUGAAUGGGGGGGGUAAAGGAUCCAUCUAAAACAGAAAGAGAGAGAGAGAAAGGGGAGGGAGCUGAGAGAGUUGCCUCAUCCAGAGCUGCUAGUGCUCACGGCUUCAGGGAAGAAGUUGUGGGAAAGUAAAUAGCAGAGGAGAAUUCCAAUCUGAUUCGAAGGAACCCGUAAACAUGACUGGACCGGCCUGCUGAAGGACUGUGUUCAUGGGAGGCUCCCGGGAUUAAAGGGCCACCGGAGAGCCUGAAGCUUCCAGGGAGGGACCCGCUGCUGAAGCCGAGGAGGGAUUAUGUCCGCUGAGGUGUCUCAACAGCGACCACCAAAGGACGAGGACGAGGAGGAGGACGAGGAGCAAGGGGAAGAGUUCUCGUUUGAGGACAGUGCGGAGGACGAGAAGCUUCUGGAGGAGGGUGAAGGGAUGACCUCUGACCCCGUCGGAACAACGCCUCCUGCUGGACAGGAGGGCACCUGUGCUAAGGACGGAGCUCCAGCUCCCGCUGAGGGCGUUCCGGUAAACGAGUCACCCGGCGGGACGUCCGAAGCCGAGCCCAGAAGCUCGUCUCCUGGUGUGGGGGAGGAGCUCCACGAGCUUCCGGCGGAGACACCAGCGGCGGAGACCCCAGCGGCGGAGACACCAGCUGUGGAGACACCAGCUGUGGAGACACCAGCCGUGGAGACACCAGCCGUGGAGAGGCCGACCGGUGAAGCGUUUGCUCACUCCGACGCGGCGCCGGGGCCUCCGGAGGUGAUCUACGACGACGUCCCGUUCGAGGGGCCGCUCUCUCCCGACGAAGAUACGAUCUACGAGGACGUGCAGAGAGACGGCGGCGGCGCGGCGCCGGACGCGGACAACGGCUGGAGCUCCAGUGAGUUUGAGAGCUACGACGAGCACUCGGAUAACGAGACCAAGCAGCCGCCGCGCAGCAAGCGCUCCCCCGACGUGUGCCGCCUGAGGGAACGCUGCGCCAGGACCAAGCGGGAACUGGCCACCAGGCUUUAUGGCAGGCACAACGUUGACAUCAAGGUUCAGCAGCUCAUGAAGGCGGCGAGGAGCGGCACGAAGGAUGGCCUGGAGAAGACCAAGAUCGCCGUCAUGCGCAAAGUUCCCUUCCUGCAGAGGAAAGAUCAGCUGGAGGAGGAGGAUGACGCAGGAUACCUGGAUGUGGCCGUGUCAGAAAUGAAGCAUCCCCCUCCACAGCUGAGCCCCAUGCCGGAGGGGCUGACCAACCACCAGGUCGUCAGACGCCACGUCCUCGGCUCCAUCAUUCAGAGCGAGCACAGCUACCUGGAAUCUCUCAGGAGAAUCGUGCAGGAGUACCAGAGGCCGUUGAUGGAGGCCGAUCCGCGCAUCCUGAGCCCGAGGAAGCUGCGGCCUAUUUUUUACAGAAUGAGGGAGAUCACUCAGUGCCACUCCAUGUUCCAGAUUGCGUUGGCGUCGCGCGUGGCCGAGUGGGACAGCAGCGAGAAGAUCGGAGACUUAUUUGUGGCCUCGUUUUCAAAAUCCAUGGUGCUGGACGUCUACAGCGAGUACGUCAACAACUUCACCAACGCCAUGGCGCUGAUCAAGAAGGCGUGCCUGUCCAAACCCGCCUUCCUGGAAUUCUUGAAGAAGAAGCAAGCGACCAGCGUGGACCGGAUCACUCUCUACGGCCUGAUGGUUAAGCCCAUUCAGCGGUUCCCUCAGUUCAUAUUGCUCCUGCAGGACAUGCUGAAGAACACCCCGAAGGGCCACGUGGACCGCCUGCCGCUGCAGCUCGCCCUCACCGAGCUGGAGGCGCUGGCCGAGAAGCUCAACGAACAGAAGCGGGUCGCCGACCAGGUCGCCGAGACGCAGCAGCUCGCCCGCAGCGUCAGCGACCGCCUGCUCAGCAAGCAGCUGAACUCGGAGCAGGGGUCGCUGGUCCUUUGUGAGACGCUCAUCGAGACGGUGUACGGCGAGAGGGGACAAGUCCUGAAGUCGAAGGAGAGAAAGGUCUUCCUCUUUGAUGACGUGCUCGUCUGCGCCAACAUAAAUGUCAAGGGGCCUCCGGAUGUCAGCAGCCUGGUCCCCGUCGGCCCCAAGUACACCAUGAAGUGGAGCGCCCCCCUGCAGCAGGUGCAAGUGGUGGAGGUGGGGCAGGAGGGCUCUCAAAGCAAAGACGCCCUCCCCCAACAGAGCGGCGCCAAGCGAGCCGGCCCCCCAGGCAAAGCGUUCCUGGGCCCUCCUCGGCUCUACCAGGAGCUGCAGGAGCUCCAGCAUGACCUUUCCGUCGUGGAGGAGGUGACCCUCCUCGUGGGCACUCUGCAGGGGACGUACCAGAACCUGAACACCACUGUGGCCCAGGACUGGUGUCUGGCUCUGCAGAGGCUGAUCCGCUUGAAAGAGGAGCAGAUCCAGAGCGCUAACAAAUGUCGCCUACGCCUGCAGGUCCCCGGCAGGCCGGACAAAUCUGCUCCAAUCAUUCAAAAUGAAGUGGAGAAAUGUCUUGAGUCAGUGAGGAAGUCGGUUUGUGUCGUCACACCCGUGGUUCUGAGCGGGGGGGGGGGGGAUUUUUUCUUUCCUCCAGAUGAUUUCUGGGACCCGGACUCGUGCAGACGUGUGACACUGGGCUCGCAACCAGUGCGGACCCUGUUGGUGCUGGACGACUCGGUGUGGGCGAGCUGUGGGAACUCGGUGACGGCGGUGGACGUCUCCAGCCUCAGCACUCAGACGUUCGAGGUCCACCCCGACCCCAUGAUCAGCGUGGCGCACAUGGCGUGCGCCGGCGGCGGGGUGUGGAUGGCGUUCUCCGAGGGUUCCUCCAUCCGCCUCUUUCACACCGAAACCCUGGAGCUGCUGCAGGAGAUCAACGUGUCGACGCGCUCCGCGCUGCUGAACCCCGGUCAGAAGAGCUUCCGGGUCACCAGCCUUCUGAUUUGCCAGGGCCUGUUGUGGGUGGGCACGGCCCAAGGCUUCAUUAUCACGCUUCCCGUUCCCAAACUCGAGGGCAUCCCCAAAAUAACAGGAAAGGGGAUGGUCUCCCUCAACGCCCACUGCGGGCCCGUGGACUUCCUGGUGGCCACCAGCAGCACUCUGUCCCCCGAGCUGCUGAAGAGGGAUUCGCUCGCCGACGGCCCGGACUCGGCCCUCGGCGGCGAGGACCGCAGCGACGCCUCCUCCUCCCAGGAAUCCCUGCAGCACUCCUCCCGGGGCGAGGGGCGGGGCAAAGGGCGCGGCGUCCUGCUGCAGUACAAGCUGCGCUCCACCUCGGCGCUGCCCGGGCAGCCGCUGACGGCGGGGGGGGGCGACGCGGCGUCCGACUCCUCCCUCGAGUCCCUGGAGCACAGCGUGGAGGACGGAUCCAUCUACGAGCUCAGCGACGAGCCCGAGACGACGUGGGUCCGGGGGCGUCCGUGCGAGCGGGACGGGGGGCGCAGGGACAGGGUGGUCUCCGCGGCGGUCAUCUCCGGGGGGAGGGGCUUCCGCCGGCUGAAGGAAGGAGCGGCGGCGGCGGAUGCAAGCGGAGACGGGUUGGAGAACACUCUGAUGGUGUGGCAGCUGCCGCUGACGGUGUGAGGGGGGGCCGCGCGGAGGACUCGUGUGUAACGCCCCCCCCCCCCCCCCCCUCUCCCCCCGGCGCCUUUGGUUGAGUCCGCCAUGCUCCGCGGAGCUGGAGAUGGGCAUCGUGUGUCUGCUCCAGCGGGGGAGAGAUCCCAUCUGCUCGGAGCUGAACGCCGGGGGGGGGGGGAGGGGGGCGUCACAAAGCACACGAGGCAUCACUUUAUUAGUGCCGCGUCCCGGACAAUGUGAACGUAAGAGACCUUCCUUUUGUGUCUCAAAAUUGAAUCCGUGCUCACCUUAAAAAAAAAAGGAUUUCCCCCCCCCCCCCCGGGUCUCGGCGGCAGCUGUUGCAGAGGUGAUUUUUGGUUACAGUAGAUGAGUCGCCUCCAAAGGGAUCGCACAACGCCUCCCAGAAACCACUGCUUCGGAAAAAAAACUAAAGUUACGAUGGUUUGGAUUGAGCCAUAUUUGCACAGAUUUAUUUGGGUAAAAGCCACUGCUUCUACAGUGUUACCGCCCUGUGAAGGCCCGGGUGAUGUCACACAGCAACAAACUGUCACAUGAUGAGAUAAAAAAAAAGGCUUCUUUGUAUCCGCAGAGAAGAAAGGCACCGAUGAUCACGUUUACGUUGGUUGUAAUUAAAGAUCUAAAUUACCGGUAACACACAGAUGUGUUUGAUAUCCUCCAUCAGCCAGGAGAUAUGUAUAUUUAUAUAUAUAUAUAUAAGAAGAUAUCACCUGGGUCCCAUCAGCACUUCUUAUUAUUACUUGGAUUUGAAUGCAAAUAUUAAUGUUAAUGAUACAAAUGAGGUAAAUAUAUCUCGUCAUGCCAUCUCCAUUUGAUGGUCUUUGAUCCGACCGGCCCUUUAAAAAACGCUCCACUUUAACCACUUUAAAUGACUCAACAAUGUGUCGCUACUGGGCUCCGUUCAGGUUUCUUUCUACUGAUGAAAUGAAAAUGGAUCACGUUGGAUUGGCGCCGUAAGCAGAAGCAGUCAGAGGCCCUGUGUGGAGCGUUCUGUUCACUUUAUGACUCUUUUAUUUAAAUUGCUGGUAGCACAGGGCUGUAAACGUGGACUAUUGACACGGCGUGCGUCAACACAAGAGAUGUGUGCAUGUAUUUCACGGCGUGCUUAGCGGGUAGGCGUAGCGAGUAGCCGACUAGGAAGACCUCUCAAUGAACAGAGUGAAGGUUAUUAUGGUAUGUCGUUCUUCUCCAUCGCUACCUCUAUUCAGCGCAUUCCAGCACAAUCUCGUCUCAUCCUUCCAGGCGGAUGAAGCGGGAAUAUUCAUGUUGUGUGCGUCCCUGAGGCAACAUCGAGGUUCAUCUCUCCUUCUCCCCCCACUGCUGCAGCAGCUCAACCCCCCCCCCCCCCCCCCCAUCGGCUGCAGAAAAGUACAAAAACGACCGCGUGAACUCUGGCGCGGCGUCGUCUCCACGUGAUGUCGCAAACGUGAACUCUUCUAAUGCUGCUGGAGCCACGGUCACCAAAACCACCACCUCAACGCAAAGUGUGUCCCCGUGUCAAAGUGUUUUGGUGCCAUUUGGUGGACAUUGACUCAUGAACAGGUGUCCUCCAUGCACUGAAUGUGAAUACUUCUAAAUGAACGUACUGUGCUACUAAUGUAACCUGCAGACUGUAACAGUGUGGAUGUUUUAAAUGAGACUGUAGAAGACAUUUUGUGCAAUUUAACAGAGAAUCUCCUUUAAUGAAACCUCAAGUCUUAUUAUUUUUUGAUUUGGCCAUCAUUUUUGGUAACAUAAUCUCAUAAUAUUAAUAAAAACAAUUUAAAGGAAGAGAAGGAACAAAAACAGUCACAUGACCAAACAGUCAUUUGAUAUUCGGGCUUCUUUUGGAAGAAAAACCCCAGGAUUGCAUUACGUGUUAUAACCCAACAGGAAUUACAGUAUUAUGCUCAUUUCCAUUCGGUUCAGUUCUUGUGAGGUGUUACGUGUCUGAACAAUGUCUAACAAGAUUAUGCCGAAUUAAAAAAUAUAUUUAAACCGUU